UGUCUGAGCGGUACGUGAACGCAUAUCCUCCCUCGGUGAAGGCGGGCUGGUCGGUGUGACAGCAGUGCAGAAGCUCCUCCUGCCUGUUUCUGUGUGGUUUUUAUUUUUAGGGUCGCAAAGUAACCAAAAGAAACGUCCUCACAUCACCGAGCUGACAGCAGGGAGAACACGCCAAAACCACCCGUGAAAAGAGCGAGAGACGCGGAGUGAAGCAGCCAGGGAGCCCGAACCAAAACACAACCAUUUCCAGGAGGAUGGCGGUGCCGUACGAGGGUCAGUCUUUCUCUGCUCUGAGGAGGCAGUGCCAGCAUCAAGGAACUCUGUUUGAAGACCCUCUGUUCCCCACCUCCGACCAGUCUCUGUUCUACCAGCGAAACCAAAUUGGGCGAGUCACCUGGAAAAGGCCAAAUGAGUUGACCAGCGACCCCCAUCUGUUUGUGGACGGCAUCAGCGCUCAUGACCUGCACCAGGGUCAGCUGGGAAACUGCUGGUUCGUAGCCGCCUGCUCCAGUCUGGCCUCCAGAGAAGCUCUAUGGCAGAAGGUGAUUCCUGACUGGAAGGAUCAGGAGUGGGACAAAGACAAACCGAACUCCUACGCCGGGAUCUUCCACUUCCGCUUCUGGCGGUUUGGAGAGUGGGUGGACGUAGUGAUCGAUGACCGGCUCCCCACGGUGAACGGACAGCUGGUGUACUGUCACUCUAACGACAGCAAUGAGUUUUGGAGCGCGCUGGUGGAGAAGGCCUACGCCAACUCUGAAGAGUGGCAGAAGGUCAGUAAGAGUGAGCGGGAGAAGAUGGGCGUCACUGUGGAGGACGACGGAGAGUUCUGGAUGACAUUUGAUGACUUCAUCGCCAACUUCACCGACCUCAUCCUGUGUCGUCUCAUCAACACAUCCUACCUGAGUUUACACAAGACCUGGGAGGAGGCGGUGAUGCGGGGCUCCUGGCACCGCCACGAUGACCCGCUGCUCAACCGAGCUGGGGGCUGCACCAACAACAAGCACUCCUUUCUCCAGAACCCGCAGUACGUGUUUGACGUGAAGAAGCCGGAGGAUGAGGUGCUGAUCUGUCUACAGCAGAAGGACCGCAGGGCCACUCUGAGAGGGGGGCGAGGAGAAAACCUGGCGAUCGGCUUCGACAUACACAAGGUGGAGUUAAACAGGACGUACCGAAUGCACGUGACCCAGCAGAAGGUUGGCGGCAGCAUCUACAUCAACUCGAGGUCUGUCUUCCUGCGCAUCGACCUCAAAGAGGGCCGCUACGUCAUCAUACCCACGACCUUCGACCCCGGCCUGGAGGGAGAAUUCCUGCUCCGCGUCUUCACCGAUGUCACCUCAGACUGCAAGGAGCUGACUCUGCACGAGCCCCGGAAGACCUGCUGGUCGGGGAUGUGUGGUUAUCCCUCUCUGGUCACUCAGGUCCACAUACUGCAGGCCGACGGACUCGCUGCACAGGACUCAGACGGAGGUAAAUGCUUCUGUUCUUCACAGGAAACCUGCCUUACACCUUAA